CAGCAUUCGGCCCGUCUGAUGAUGUUUACACGAUCAAAUAGACAACAGAUCUGUACGUGUUUUCCUCCCGUAAGAUCAUAUAUAAUAAGCUUCACGGAAUAUUCAGUCAGUAGGCGCUCAGCUGAGGUAUACGAAACUUUUUCCAAUCAUGAAAACAAUCCUAGUUCUUUGCGCCGUGCUGGCGAUGGCUCUCGCCCGCCCUGAUGGCGAGACCUACAACCCAGCUUACGACAGCUUCAACGCCCAGGAGCUUGUGGACAACGAACGCCUCCUCAAGAACUACGGCAAGUGCUUCCUCGACAAGGGACCCUGCACACCUGAGGGCACUGACUUCAAGAAACGCAUCCCUGAAGCGCUAAGAACGAACUGCGCUAAGUGCACCCCUAAACAAAAGGAGUUGGUACGCACCGUGGUCCGCGGCUUCCAACAGAAGCUUCCUGAAGUCUGGCAGGAGCUCGCACAGAAGGAGGACCCUAAGGGAGAGUUCAAGGAGGCCUUCGAAAAGUUCCUCUCAGGCAAAGACUAAACCAAAGAUAGCAAAAACCAUGGAGCAGUAACAAAGAGAAGUUAGCGUUAAGUUUGGCCAAAUAGUGAAUCUGAGGCAAAACAAUAAGUUAAGUCCGUCAAAAAAAAAGAUAUCCAUAUAGUGCCCCCAUUACGCAAGAUUCAGCUCAUAGGGUGUUAUUUUAUAUAAUUUCAGUGUUUGUUGCGCCCUAUUCCUCUCGUAAUGAACUAUCGCCAACUACUUACUCUUUCAAAGGAAAAUCUACUGACCGCAAACAAAACACAAUCUUCUUUGUAUAUCGUCCUAUCAUUGUUUGUAGUAUAGACAUAAUCAUCUCCGUCCUAUAAAAUAUCUUGUACUUAUUAUUUAAAACUAGCUGUAUUAUUGUGUAAUGUUGUGGAGUGUCUAGAUAUCUUCAGUUCCAUAUUGUGAUUUUAAUGUUAGUAGUCUUCCUGUUAAAUCUUUUUAAGCAUCACAUUAUAUUUAGAUUUUAUAUAUACUUUUUUAUAAUAAUAUGAUGAAAAAUACAAAAUUUAUAAAAUAA